AUGGCCAUGUCGCCGCCGACAUCGUUCUCUACUAUCAACGACAAGACCACGCAAAUAUCCUCCUGGCUCGAGAAAUUACCCCCGGAUCCCCUGGCAGACGAAGAACGCGGGCUGCUAAAGCACAAGCGUGCCAUUUCAGAGCCCACAAGCAUACACCAGUUAACCACCAUAUCUACACAUCAGAGUGGCAGCCCUAGCAAACGUCAGCGGCGGGACUCGGAAGACUUGCGACCGGAGCAGAGCGUGUCGGCUGUUGGGUCAAAUACUCGCCCGCUCAUAUUGGGCAGUUCAACCCCUUUUAGCUCGCCCGGCAGUCGUGUAGGCGUCUCGACGCCGCGGCGCAGUGAUAGCCCAUCGCGCGAGGCAAUUGCUGCUUUGAGGGUAGCAUCGCCUCCAAUAACGACGGAACCGAUGGAUGGGGUCGAGUCGGCACCUCCUGCGCAGGUCAUGGCCGUAGUAGCGCGACUUGAGAACGGAUUAGAUCAGGGUUGGAUACCGGGGUGGCUUGAGGAAGCAGUGAAAGCUGAUAGAGAUAUCGGUUUCCAAAGAUUUAAGCCUAUCGCAUUCAGCAACACGGCCACCCGCGAUCUCUCUGACCCUAACCUUGACUCAGCUGCCCGUGCUGAAUUAUAA